AACGAUCUACCAGCGCGACAACAACCGGGGCAUCAGCGCGCGGGCGAAGUCGGCGCCGCCGACGGCGCCCCGCACGGAGGUGUCCCCGUUCGAGCGCCCGGCGGCCGCAGGCCUGCCGCCCAACCACGGUGUGCUCCCGUGGGAGGUUGGUAUGUGGCUCGCCCGGGCGGGGUUGUCGGUGGCGCCCGCGGCCGUGCACCCACCGCCGCCUCUCAGCGGGCCUCCGAAAGCGCCUUCGCCUGCUGCUCCUGGGGGGGUGCCGAACGCCGGGGUGCCCGCGGGCCUAACCGUGCCGUUCGUGCCGCAGCCCCAGCCGCUCGCUGCGGGCGUGGCGCCCCGCCCGACGAAGGACGAGAAUGGCGUGGUCUUGGGCGCGCCGCCGCAGCUACGCCCGCAGCCGCUCCACUCGCCAGCCCCCUUGCAGGGGCUCGCCCCGCCACGCGACGUCAGCGUUGGCGGUGCACCGUUCGUGCCGCCGCCACGCGACGCGGCGGCAGCGAUUGCGGAGAAGGGCGCGAGGGAGAUGGCCUUGGCACUCGCCCUUGCUUUCCCCGCUGGCGCACCGCCGCCGUUCAGCGGGCCGCCGAAAGCGCCCGCGCCAGCCGCUCCAGUUCCGGGGGGGGUACCGUGCGCCAGUGUGCCCGCGGGCCCAACCGUGCCGUUCGUGCCACCGCAGCCCCAGCCGCACGCCGCGGGCGUGCCGCCCAACCCAGCGAAGGACGCGGGUAGCAUGGACGCACGGGCUACGCCUCCUGCAUCGUGGGAGGGGCCGCGCGGGGCCGUGCAGGACCCGCCGGCCGCGGCCGCGGCAGCGGUGGCUUGGCUGGGCGGGCCGGGGAAGAGCCCCCCUGGGGCCGCGGGCGGGCCGGGGACGGCGAUGGCCGCAGCGCCCGGUGCCGUCCGGUGCGCUUGCGGUCUAGACCUCGCGGCGUGCGGGGCGUGCUGCCGCGGCUGGGCGCAGGUGCAGGCAGCGACGAAAGCCGAGGAGGAGGAGGACGUGGUGGCGAACCUGGUGUCCGGCCUCCGCAAUGUGGCCGACGCGAUUGACCACGUAGGCAUGUCACCGGCGGCGGCGGUGGAGGAGGUCCUCAAGGUAGUCAAACAGGCGACGGCGAGGGCCCAGGCGGGUGCCCAGCCCGCAGGGCCACCGCCAGCGGGUCCAGGGGCGGCAGCGCCGACACCCCAAUUCAACACGAAGGACGCGGCCGCCUUGACCAUCGCGCUUCACGUGUCGUUCGAGCGGCCUGGGGCGGGCCCCAUGGACGUGGCGCGGCGCAUUCAAGCAUUUCAUGGGGCAGCGGGGCCGCAGGUCCCAGUGCAGGUCUUGGUGGAGGCGGAGAACCGGGUGUGGAAGAAGCCCCCAGGCACGACGUCCUGGUGGGCGGAGAAGGGCGGUGACGCUCGCACGAACGUGCACCGCCUCCGGGUGCCCGCGCGCCCAUCUUACGGCAGGCCCUCGGCGGUGUCGAUCCAGUACAAUGCAGCCUCGCGUACCGUGGUGGCAGUGGGGGUCAAGCAAAACUUCUUGGACUUCCUCGUCCAGUGGGUGGGGGCCUUCGGCACGGUGGCGGGCGUGACCGCCGGCCAGCAGAACGUGGCCCCGACGUCAGUCAUGCAAUGCCUGCAGGCCGCCGCGGCACCGGGCGCCGCGUGGUAG